CCAGUCCGCGCCAGUCUGCGCCCUUGUCGUGCCAAAAGGCAGUACGGGGCCCAGCGUUGCCGGCAAGGCCGCUCAGGGCACGCGAGUGGCCUCGAGCGUCGAGCGCACCUCGUGCCGCGCCCGCUGCUGCUCCGCUCGGCCGAGGUUGGGCGUGAAGCUUGGCGGUCCCCGACCAAGUUUGUGUAUAUGUCGCCCUCGACCACCACGCCGCUGGUUGGCGCCGGCGAGUACUACUCUGAGUACUACGGUCACAACCCAAACUUCCUGCGGCGCGUGCACGCGUCGCUGCGCGGAGGCAGGAGCGGCAGCCGCCGCUCCUGCAUCUUCCUCGCAGGCGACUCUUCGCUCGACAACAAGUUUUGGUUCGACUCGUGGGCGGCGGCGACCAACGGGUACGAGGCUGUCCUCGCGCCGGGCAGGAUGAAGACCGACGUGUGCUACUGGCUCAACGACGAGCUGGUUCGGCGGGGGCAUGGCGGCCGCCUCUUCUGCCUCAACACCGCGGUCGAGGCCACCUCGCUCAACACGCGCGCGUGCGGCCGGCUCACGCCGCAGGACCGGCUGAUCGCGAGUGCCAUCGGCCCGGACGACGUCCUGGUCGUGUCGGUUGGCGGCAACGACAUCGCGCUUGAGCCGCUGCUCUUCACAGCGCUCAACCUCUCGCUGGUCGCCUGCUGCACGCCGCAGGUCUGCAUAGAGCAGUGCGCCUGCGCCUGCCCACCCAACCUGCGGGUCGACCCUGGCUGCGCCUGCUGCGGCCUGCCAGGUUGCCUCGUCUCGCCUUGCGGCUGCCCGCCCGGCCUCGGCUACCUUGUCGACCUCUUUGGCAACCGCGUCCAAAACUACAUCGAGCGACUGCUCGCCGGCCGGCGGCCCGCAAGGGUGGUCGUCUGCAUGAUCUACUUUUUGGACGUGCACGGGCGCGGCUCCUGGGCGGACUGCUUCCUCAAGAUGGUCUGCUACGACAGCUCGCCCGCGCGGCUGCAGGCGGCCAUCCGCGCCCUCUUCAGCCUCGCCACGCGGCGCGUCGCCAUCCCGGGCGUGGAGGUUGUGCCAUUCCCGCUCUUCGAGGCGCUCGACGGCAGCGACCCGAGAGACUACGUGCAGCGGGUCGAGCCGUCGCCGGAGGGAGGGCGCAAGAUGGCCGCCGCGCUCCUUGACGCCAUCCUCGACGAGGGUGGCGGCGGCUGCUACCGGCGCACACCCGCCGAGAUGCAGCGAUAGCAGGGAGCUUAAACACCCUUACUCUAUAUGUACGUGUCCAGUACCAGGGAUGCGGAAUCGACCGUCUCUCUAGGCUCAGCGUGUGCCAGCACUCUCCACAACUCUCAACUGGUCGGAAACAAGUUGGUG